CGGAAGUGAUAGGUUGUGCGCUGGAUUCGGGGUUCCGUGCAGGUUCCCAUGGCUGCGGACGGAGGGUCGGGCUCAACCGAGCCUCCUGGCUCUGAGACAGUGCUGGACGCCGUGCUGCGGAGCCUCUACGACCUGGGAGAGACAGAAGGUGAAACAGAGCAGAAAAAGAUCAGAAAGAAGAGAGAAAAGAAGAGAAGAGACGCAGAGACACAAGCAGAUGUGGCGGCAGACCCGCUUCCCUUGCCUGCAUCUCUUGUGGGAGGCCAGAAGAAGAGCGCUUCCAGCUUUUUCAAGGAGCUCAGAGAAGAGCUGCCGUCCGUCCCUGCUGGCCCCUCAGAAGUCCCUGCUGCUACUGCAGUCUCGCUCCCUCCCCUGAAGAGCAACAGCAAGCUAGUGGAAGUGGUCGAGUUUCAAAGCAAAAGGAAAAAAAGGAAACCACAGUCAGAUGGAGAUGAGCAUGCACAGACUAAAACAGGGGCCCUUGAAAAAGCUGUGGCUAUUCAAGAAUUUAACCUGGAAAAGGCUCGCUUGGAAGUGCAUCGCUUUGGGAUCACCGGCUAUGGCAAAGGAAAAGAACGAGUCCUGGAACGGGAGCGGGCCAUCAUGCUCGGGGCUAAGCCUCCCAAAAACAGUUAUGUGAAUUACAAGGUUUUGCAGAAGCAAAUUAAAGAGAAAAAGGCAGCAUUAGAAGAAGAAAAGAGAGUGGCCCAGGACACAGACAUAUUCAAGAGAAAGAAGAGGAAAGGGAAAGGACAGGAAGACAGGAGAUCCAAGAAGUCGGCUCCCAGCAUUUUGUCAAGUAGCCGGGCUGGACAAGUUGGAAAAUUCAGAAAUGGGACGUUGAUUCUAAGCCCCACUGACAUCAAGAAAAUAAAUUCUUCUAGGGUAGCUAAAUGAAGUACUCUGUGGGCUCCAGAGAAGAGUGGGAACAAGUGACAGGACCCCGAAAGCCCUGCAGGCUGCUCUGUCAUGUUCACAGGGUGUUCUUCACUUUGGAGCAAGUCUGAUGAGCAGGGCAGGGACCGCAACCGCACUGAAUGCUGGGCCAGAGCCCAGGCUCCACUCCGUGUGCUGUAGAGGUUAAAGCAUGCACGUGCCUGUGCAGGUAGCAGUGUUAGUGCCCUGCUGCACGCCGGGCCGUGCUCGGCCUCCACUGCUGCUUUUGGCUGCUAGUAUCGGCACACUUGGUCGUGGUCUACUUUUUCAUAAUUUUUACUGUCUCAUAAGUAUCUGUGAAGGACAUUAAAGUGCCUUUUGGACUCAUGAAAGAACUAAGAACACUUGUCAUUGUUGGUUUUGUGGAAAAGCAGUUCUAUCAUCAGCCUACUACACGUGUAAAACCCACUUUGGAAGAAUUUCCAAAAUCACACCUCUGUGGUGUGAGCGAGUGCUGCUGAGAACAGACAGGCGGGCCUGACUGGUUCCCACAGCUGCAUGGAGCUGCAGCCUCACAGGACCACAUUUACAGUGCUGUCAGCACCUCCCAGAGACAGAGGUGCACCACAGGGAGCUCUCCAGUGAGAGGAAUGCUUCUGGCACUCCCCCAUAGGUGCUCGGGCCCUUGCCCAGCAAGCAGCGCAGCUCGGGUCUGACAGCCUGCAGGCCCCAGCCAGCCAGCUCUCAGGAGCUUGUCAGACAGCUCUGAAAGCUUGGCCGAAACAGCUCACUAGAUGGAAGACAAUUUGAUAGAUGUUUUUAGUGGCGAUUUUAAGUUUAUUUGUGUGUGAGGGCACAUGCGCACAGCUUGCGUGGAAGUCACAGGACAAGCCCUCGGGCCUGUGUCCCUCCCACCAUGCAGGUCCCAGGGAUUGCACUUGGACGUCAGCACCUUCACCCGCUGAGCUUCACCAUCCCUAGUUAGAAGGUCUUAAACAUGGCAGCACUGGGAACAUCAGUCUUAGGGCACAGAGAUGGCCUGUUAAGGGUGCGCUGGGGCAGUUGACUCCAUCUUUUCAAGGAGAGCCUGGGGAAGGUGGAGUUCCACCAGAACCUACACAGCUUGGACCACGCUCCUACCAUGAAUGAGCAGCUUUGGUUUCUGCUUUAAUUUGCUGCUGUAAAUAUUUAUGCUAGCCCUUAACAGAAGGCAGGGAACUAUACUGUGUAAGUACUAAAAGCUCAGCACGCUGACCACCGAGUGUUCUGGGAAUGCUUCAGAGGUUAGAAGGCAAAGUGAUCCACAAACGUUCUGUUCCGAGUACUCGGGGUCAAGCUUCAGUCAGCGCUCUGGGGAACGACUCCUGAUGAGGCCUCCAGACGUCAGCUGCAGCCGUGGUUCUAGACCUGCUGGUGGCAGCCCCUUUCACAGGGGUCAGUUCAGAUCUUACACUGCGAUUCCUAACUGUAGCACACUUGCAACUGUGAAGUAGCAAUGGAAGAACUCUGCGACUGGGGUCACCACAACAUGAACUGCUGUAUUAAAGGGUCGCGGUGUCAGGAGGAUUGAGAAGUGAGCACAAGAAAGUCACCCUAAGGAGAGCAGGCUUACCCCUGAGUUCAUACUCUGGCCUCAGUGCGCCUCAGUGGUUCAGCCAUGCAGCUGUGCAGGGUGCAUGGCAGGCAGGGCUGGUGAGAGCCAAGUGGCUGUCAGAGGAAACUCCCAAGUUAAACUUGCAAAGACCCCGGAAGAGGACAGGCACUGUUGAACCUUCGUCAUCGCCAGCUUGGACCACCAUGGCGAGGCAGCUCUGUCCUGAGUGAUGGGGAAACGGACGUACCGCCCUGACUCCACCUCUGGCUCCCACCAGCCGGAAGCAGCACGGGUGCACCUGCACUUGUGUGGUCAUGUGACUGCCUCCUUACGUGCAGUGACUUCUCCCUCCCUCUGCACAGUCCAUCCCACUCUGUGUCUACCACAGCUCUAUGUAUCUUGUGUGCCCUCCUGUGUCCUUGGGACCUUUGCGCCUGCUCAUGUAUGCACAGGUACAUAAGUGUGUUCAGGUUUGUGUACAGGCGUGCACAUGUGUGGAGACCAGAGCAGUGCCUCAGCCUUCAACCCUUAGAUACUAUCCACCUGGCUGUUAAUUUUGUCUCUUGCUCUGUUUUCUUUUUAAAUCUGUUUUUAUUUCA